GGGCGCAGUUUCCCAGCUCCGCCUCAGCCACAUCCGGGUUCCACCACAGGUUCGGGCCGGGAGCAGGCGGAACGUUUCUAUCACGCCACCAAUUAACCUGCGCGGCGGGGACUAUUUAGGCCUUUGCGCACCGCUCUUACCGGGCGCUGUGGAUUGCUUGGGGCAGCCGAAAGCGGGCGUGGCGGCUCUGCUCGCUGCUCCCUUCGUCGUGAGCAGCACAGCAUGGACGUGCUUGCGGAAGAGUUUGGGAACCUGACGCCGGAGCAACUGGCUGCGCCCAUCUCCACUGUAGAGGAAAAAUGGAGGCUGCUUCCAGCAUUUUUAAAGGUGAAAGGCCUCGUGAAACAGCAUAUAGAUUCAUUCAACUAUUUCAUUAAUGUGGAGAUAAAGAAGAUAAUGAAAGCCAAUGAAAAGGUUACAAGUGAUGCUGACCCCAUGUGGUACUUGAAAUAUCUUAAUAUCUAUGUCGGGCUCCCUGAUGUUGAAGAAAGCUUCAAUGUAACUAGACCGGUAUCCCCCCAUGAGUGCCGUCUGCGGGACAUGACGUACUCUGCCCCCAUCACAGUGGAUAUUGAAUAUACCCGAGGCAGCCAAAGAAUCAUCCGUAAUGCCUUACCCAUUGGCAGAAUGCCCAUAAUGCUGCGUAGUUCAAACUGUGUUCUUACAGGGAAGACGCCAGCAGAAUUUGCCAAACUGAAUGAAUGUCCUUUAGAUCCAGGUGGCUACUUCAUCGUUAAAGGAGUAGAAAAAGUGAUUCUAAUCCAAGAGCAGCUAUCUAAGAACAGGAUCAUUGUGGAGGCUGACAGGAAAGGGGCUGUUGGUGCUUCAGUUACCAGCUCUACCCAUGAGAAAAAAAGCAGAACCAAUAUGGCUGUAAAGCAAGGUCGAUUUUAUUUGCGGCACAAUACUUUGUCAGAGGAUAUUCCCAUUGUAAUCAUAUUUAAGGCCAUGGGUGUGGAGAGUGACCAGGAAAUUGUACAGAUGAUUGGAACAGAGGAGCACGUGAUGGCUGCAUUUGGGCCCAGUCUGGAAGAGUGCCAGAAAGCUCAGAUUUUCACACAGAUGCAGGCGUUAAAGUAUAUAGGGAACAAAGUAAGGAGGCAAAGGAUGUGGGGAGGUGGACCAAAGAAGACCAAAAUAGAGGAGGCAAGAGAACUCCUGGCUUCUACCAUCCUGACGCACGUCCCAGUUAAAGAAUUCAAUUUCCGAGCAAAAUGUAUCUACACUGCAGUGAUGGUGCGAAGAGUGAUUCUGGCUCAAGGAGAUAACAAAGUGGACGACAGAGACUAUUAUGGUAACAAGCGAUUGGAGUUGGCAGGACAGCUUUUAUCACUUCUUUUUGAAGAUUUGUUCAAAAAAUUUAAUUCUGAAAUGAAGAAGAUUGCAGACCAGGUGAUUCCUAAGCAAAGAGCUGCCCAGUUCGAUGUUGUGAAACACAUGCGUCAGGACCAGAUCACCAAUGGCAUGGUGAAUGCCAUUUCCACCGGAAAUUGGUCCCUAAAGAGAUUUAAAAUGGACCGCCAGGGUGUGACUCAAGUGCUGUCUCGCCUGUCGUAUAUAUCCGCACUGGGCAUGAUGACAAGAAUCUCUUCUCAGUUUGAAAAAACAAGAAAAGUGAGUGGUCCUCGAUCCCUCCAGCCAUCUCAGUGGGGAAUGCUCUGUCCUUCGGACACUCCUGAAGGAGAGGCAUGUGGUUUGGUUAAAAACUUGGCCCUUAUGACACACAUCACAACUGACAUGGAAGAUGGACCCAUUGUUAAAUUAGCCAGUAACCUGGGAGUAGAAGACGUGAAUUUACUAUGUGGGGAAGAGCUCUCUUAUCCAAAUGUGUUUCUUGUCUUCCUCAAUGGUAACAUCCUGGGUGUCAUUCGGGACCACAAGAAGCUAGUGAACACGUUUCGACUGAUGCGAAGAGCAGGAUAUGUCAAUGAAUUUGUUUCCAUCUCGACAAAUCUCACGGAUCGAUGUGUCUAUAUUUCCUCUGAUGGGGGAAGGCUGUGCAGACCCUACAUAAUUGUUAAGAAACAGAAGCCUGCAGUCACAAAUAAGCAUAUGGAAGAGCUGGCUCAGGGGUACAGGAAUUUUGAAGAUUUCUUACACGAGAGUCUGGUUGAAUAUUUAGAUGUGAAUGAAGAAAAUGAUUGUAACAUCGCACUCUAUGAACAUACAAUUAAUAAAGAUACCACCCACUUGGAGAUUGAGCCCUUCACUCUUCUUGGCGUUUGUGCUGGCCUCAUCCCAUACCCUCAUCAUAACCAGUCCCCAAGAAACACAUACCAAUGUGCCAUGGGGAAACAAGCCAUGGGUACCAUUGGAUACAACCAGCGGAACAGAAUCGAUACUCUCAUGUAUCUGCUAGCAUAUCCACAAAAACCCAUGGUUAAAACAAAGACCAUUGAGUUGAUAGAAUUUGAGAAACUGCCAGCUGGACAGAAUGCAACAGUUGCCGUGAUGAGUUACAGCGGCUAUGAUAUUGAAGAUGCCCUUGUUUUAAACAAGGCUUCCUUGGACAGAGGCUUUGGGCGCUGCCUUGUAUAUAAAAAUGCUAAAUGUACAUUGAAGCGCUAUACCAAUCAGACUUUCGAUAAAGUGAUGGGGCCGAUGUUGGACGCUGCUACGAGGAAACCCAUCUGGCGACACGAAAUUUUAGAUGCGGAUGGUAUCUGUUCUCCAGGUGAGAAGGUAGAAAACAAACAAGUGCUUGUCAAUAAGUCCAUGCCCACAGUAACUCAGAUUCCUCUGGAAGGAAGUAAUGUUCCACAGCAGCCACAGUAUAAGGAUGUGCCCAUCACCUACAAAGGGGCUACGGAUUCAUAUAUCGAAAAAGUGAUGAUCUCUUCAAAUGCUGAAGAUGCUUUUCUGAUCAAAAUGCUGCUGAGGCAGACGAGGCGUCCGGAGAUUGGAGACAAGUUCAGCAGCCGCCACGGGCAAAAAGGUGUUUGUGGCUUGAUCGUCCCUCAGGAAGACAUGCCGUUUUGUGAUUCUGGCAUUUGUCCGGACAUCAUCAUGAACCCACAUGGCUUCCCAUCGCGAAUGACGGUGGGAAAGCUGAUCGAGCUGCUGGCCGGCAAGGCCGGGGUGCUGGACGGCAGGUUCCACUACGGCACUGCGUUUGGAGGCAGUAAAGUGAAGGACGUGUGUGAAGACCUCGUCCGCCACGGUUAUAACUACUUGGGGAAAGACUAUGUUACAUCUGGCAUCACAGGCGAGCCCUUAGAAGCAUACAUCUAUUUUGGCCCCGUGUACUAUCAGAAACUGAAGCACAUGGUGCUGGAUAAGAUGCAUGCCCGGGCGCGGGGCCCACGAGCUGUUCUUACCAGGCAGCCCACCGAAGGUCGAUCUCGUGACGGCGGUUUGCGUCUUGGAGAGAUGGAACGUGACUGUUUAAUCGGUUAUGGAGCCAGUAUGCUUUUACUAGAGAGACUAAUGAUUUCAAGUGAUGCCUUUGAGGUGGAUGUCUGUGGGCAGUGUGGACUUCUGGGGUAUUCUGGCUGGUGCCAUUACUGCAAGUCCUCGUGCCACGUGUCCUCCCUCCGCAUCCCGUAUGCCUGCAAGCUGCUCUUCCAGGAGCUGCAGUCCAUGAACAUCAUCCCCCGGCUGAAACUGUCCAAAUAUAACGAGUGAGGAUGGAAACGGUGAUUAUUUAAAGAGAACAAUCGCUAUUUCUGACACAGUGGAAAGCAGAGGGGAUUGAGGAUCCUGCUCCUGUGAACAAUUCCUUUGAAUGUUCUCCCUCAAAAAAACAAAAACAGAUGGAGAGGCUUUCUUACACUGAAGACUGACUCCGUGGCCUUGGGCCCUGGGAAGGACACCACCAGUAUGGACUGGGAUGCAGUCUCUUCGUUCCUGUACUGAAUUUGAUUCACAAGUGGAUGUGACCUAAAAGAUAAACUUUUAUUUAUGUUCUGGUAUCUUGAAAUCAACUCAUUAGACUUUCCUCCUUAAAAAGAACAUUUUGGGUUAAUAUUCCCCACAGUGCCUUCCCGGCUAACAGAACUCAAGACUCUAUGACACCUGUAGGAUCUGAAGUCUGUUGGAACAGUUGGCAUGGCCUCUGUCGAGAGGGCUGAUUAGGAACAGUGUGUGAAGGGAGAGGACGAGUGUGAAGGGGGGAAGGUCGAGAGCAGCGGAUGAAGGGAUGGCUCUCUUACCUGCUACUGUUGUGGGCAUCUCCCCAACUAUUGAGUCUUGCCUUUAGAUGCCCACACAUUUUCAUCUUGGUGAAAUGUAAUAAAUGUAUUCCUACCAUCUUAAACUUA